CCUGAUACCCAUCCCGACAUACCCCUUAAAAAAGAAGGGAAAAGCCAAGAAAAAUCAAGAAAAUUCUAGUAACCUCCAGGAUACUCGUUCGGUUUCCAGACUCGUCUUUCUCAGUAACAUAAAACCUCUCCACCUCCCUCCUUCUCUCUCGUCUCAGAACUCGAAAAUUCAAUCAAAAAACAUCCAAAUUUCAAGCUCACAAUUCUCGCAUUAUACUCGCUUCAAUCGUCAUAAGAAUCUCCUGCUCCAUUUUCUAUUUCAAUUUCUCUUCCAUAUUUGUUCCACCUUAUUAAAGUUUUUCUAAGGAAUUAGCUGCGUAAUUAACAAUGAAUCCUGACAAGUUUACCCACAAGACAAAUGAGGCUCUAGUUGCUGCUCAUGAAUUGGCAAUGAAUAAUGGGCAUGUACAGAUAACACCUCUUCAUGUUGCCACCACUUUGAUCGGUGAGCCUGGUGGUAUUUUCCGCCAGGCUAUUUCUCAUGCUGGUGGUAACGAGGCUGCAGAUUCGGUGGAAAGGGUUUUUAAAAGAGCUAUCAAAAAUCUUCCUUCUCAAAGCCCUCCUCCUGAUGAGAUUCCAGGAAGUACUACACUCAUUAAAGCCAUUCGUCGUGCCCAAUCACUCCAAAAAUCUCGCGGUGAUACCCAUUUGGCUGUUGAUCAUUUCAUUUUGGGAAUUAUUGAAGAUUCCCAAAUCAGUGAUUUACUUAAAGAAGCUGGGGUUGCGGUGGCGAGAGUUAAAUCUGAGGUGGAGAAACUUCGUGGGAAGGAUGGGAAGAAAGUAGAGAGUGCAACCGGAGAUACCAAUUUCCAAGCCCUUAAGACUUAUGGUCGUGAUUUAGUUGAGCAAGCAGGGAAACUUGACCCUGUUAUUGGUCGUGAUGAGGAGAUUCGAAGGGUUGUAAGAAUCCUUUCGAGGAGAACAAAGAAUAAUCCUGUACUGAUUGGUGAGCCGGGUGUUGGUAAAACUGCUGUCGUUGAAGGGUUGGCUCAAAGGAUAAUGAGCGGUGAUGUCCCGAGCAAUCUUGCUGAAGUUAGGGUCAUUGCAUUGGAUAUGGGUGCUCUGGUUGCGGGAGCCAAAUAUAGGGGUGAAUUUGAGGAGAGGUUGAAAGCUGUCUUGAAAGAAGUGGAAGAAGCUGAAGGCAAAGUCAUUUUGUUCAUUGAUGAAAUUCACCUCGUCCUAGGUGCAGGACGAACAGAAGGCUCUAUGGAUGCAGCUAAUUUGUUCAAGCCAAUGCUUGCUAGGGGUCAGCUUCGUUGCAUCGGUGCUACGACACUCGAGGAGUAUAGGAAGUAUGUGGAAAAGGAUGCUGCUUUUGAGCGUCGAUUCCAGCAAGUGUAUGUUGCUGAGCCUAGUGUUCCCGACACAAUUAGCAUCCUUCGAGGGUUGAAGGAGAAGUAUGAAGGUCACCAUGGUGUUAGGAUCCAAGACAGAGCCCUGGUGGUUGCAGCACAGUUAUCUGCUAGAUACAUAACUGGCCGUCAUCUUCCUGAUAAGGCCAUUGAUUUGGUUGAUGAGGCGUGUGCAAAUGUCAGGGUCCAGCUUGACAGCCAGCCUGAGGAGAUAGAUAAUUUGGAGAGGAAGAGAAUGCAGUUGGAGAUUGAGCUACAUGCUCUUGAAAAGGAAAAAGAUAAGGCUAGUAAGGCACGACUUGUUGAGGUUAAAAGGGAAUUAGAUGACUUGAGGGAUAAGCUUCAGCCUUUGAAAAUGAAAUAUGGGAAAGAGAAGGAAAGAAUUGAUGAGCUCCGUCAUCUUAAGCAAAGAAGGGAAGAACUCAUUCUUGCCGCACAGGAAGCUGAAAGAAGAUAUGAUCUUGCAAGAGCUGCAGAUUUGAGAUAUGGAGGAAUUCAAGAAGUAGAGGCAGCCAUCGCAAGGCUUGAAUCUAGUUCUAACGAGGUGGCCAUGUUGACUGAAACUGUUGGGCCAGAGCACAUUGCUGAGGUGGUGAGCCGGUGGACUGGUAUACCAGUCACAAGGCUGGGUGAGAAUGAGAAAGAGAAGCUAAUUGGGUUGGGUGAGAGGUUGCAUCAACGAGUGGUAGGUCAAGACAAUGCAGUUGCUGCCGUUGCAGAGGCUGUGUUAAGAUCAAGAGCCGGUUUAGGGAGACCUCAGCAGCCAACUGGUUCAUUCUUGUUCUUGGGUCCAACAGGUGUUGGAAAAACUGAACUUGCCAAAGCUCUGGCUGAACAGCUUUUUGAUGAUGAGAAUCUGCUGGUGAGAAUUGAUAUGUCGGAGUAUAUGGAGCAACAUUCCGUUGCAAGAUUGAUUGGUGCUCCUCCCGGGUAUGUUGGCCACGAGGAAGGUGGGCAACUCACAGAGGCUGUCAGAAGGCGCCCGUAUAGUGUUGUUUUAUUUGAUGAAGUAGAGAAGGCCCAUGCUGCCGUCUUCAACACUCUCUUACAGGUUCUUGAUGAUGGAAGGUUGACGGAUGGCCAAGGUAGGACUGUCGACUUCAGGAAUACAGUGAUCAUUAUGACAUCUAAUCUUGGGGCGGAGCAUCUUCUUUCUGGACUUGUGGGCAAGAGCACAAUGGAGGCUGCUCGAGAAAAAGUAAUGGAACAGGUAAGGAGACACUUCAAGCCUGAACUGCUUAAUCGUUUGGAUGAGAUCGUAGUCUUCGAUCCUUUAUCACAUGAGCAGCUAAGGGCGGUUGCUAGACUGCAAAUGAAGGAUGUGGCAAAACGUCUAGCGGAACGAGGCAUUGCACUGGCCGUCACAGAUGCUGCUCUCGACUUUGUCCUAGCUGAAAGUUAUGAUCCAGUGUAUGGUGCAAGGCCUAUAAGGAGAUGGUUGGAAAAGAAAGUGGUAACAGAAUUAUCUAAAAUGCUAAUUGGUGAGGUAAUCGACGAGAACUCUACUGUGUACAUCGAUGCUGGAAUGGAUGGGUUGGCCUACCGCGUGGAGAAAAAUGGCGGAAUGGUGAAUGCUGCAACGGGACAAAGGGCGGAGGUGCUAAUUCAAGUCCCUAAUGGAACAAGGAGUGAUGCGACACAAGCUGCGAAGAAGAUAAGAAUUGAGGAGAUAGAUGAUGAUGAUGAUGAGAUGAUGGAUUGAAUCAAGUGUUGACAUGACAUUAUUAAGAAAAGCUUCCCCUUCUUUUUCCCUUUGUUUUUAUGCAUUCUGAUCAAUGAAAAAAUGGUUGUAUUUGUUUUGCUUUAGUUUGAGCUUUGAAGUUGUAAAUGGUGUAAAAUGUAAGAGGUACUUCCUCAAAAUCUGAUACCUAUUUUGUUAUAUAAAGUAUUAACAGUUUUUACUUUUUCUCAA